AUGAAGGACCGGCUGGAGCAGCUCAAGGCGAAGCAGGAUGCAGACGAUGAGGAGGAGCUGGAGAUCGCCGUGGACAACACGGCCUUCAUGGAUGAGUUCUUCUCGGAGAUUGAGGAGACCCGGCAGAACAUCGACAAGAUCUCGGAGAACGUGGAGGAAGCCAAGAAGCUCUACAGCAUCAUCCUCUCAGCCCCCAUCCCAGAGCAGAAGACCAAAGAUGACCUGGAGCAGCUGACGACAGAGAUCAAGAAAAUGGCCAACAGUGUCCGUAACAAGCUGAAGAGCAUGGAGAGGAACAUCGAGCAGGACGAGGCACGAUCCUCCGCCGACCUCCGGAUACGCAAGUCCCAGCACUCGGUCCUGUCCCGCAAGUUCGUGGAUGUCAUGACCAAGUACAACGAGGCGCAGGUGGAUUUCCGGGAGCGGAGCAAGGGCCGGAUCCAGCGCCAGCUGGAAAUCACCGGCAAGAACACGACGGAUGAGGAGCUGGAGGAGAUGCUGGAGAGUGGCAACCCCUCCAUCUUCACCUCGGGGGUGAGCCCUGACAUCAUGGACUCGCAGAUCUCGAAGCAGGCGCUGAGCGAGAUCGAGGGGCGGCACAAGGACAUCGUGCGCCUGGAGAGCAGCAUCAAGGAGCUCCACGACAUGUUCGUGGACAUUGCCAUGCUGGUGGAGAACCAGGGAGCCAUGAUCGACCGCAUAGAGAACAACAUGGACCAGUCCGUGGGAUUCGUGGAACGGGCCGUGGCUGACACCAAAAAGGCUGUGAAGUACCAAAGUGAGGCCAGGAGGAAGAAGAUCAUGAUCAUGUUGUGCUGCAUCAUCCUUGCCAUCAUCCUGGCAUCCAGCAUCGGGAGCAUCUUCGCCUGA